CUGUGACGUAGCAAUCGGAGGCUGGCGCUUCUUCUUGGUGGACUUCAUCCCGGGAGGCGAAAGCUGAUCAACAUCCGGGACAUCGGAACUCGGUACACACUGAUAACGCCGACUGACUGAACGGACCGACAGUGCUGCGGAGUGGUAAAAUGGAUGAUGGGAAGCCAGUGUGGGCGCCCCACCCGACAGAUGGGUUUCAGAUGGGCAGAAUCGUCGACAUCAGCGCUGACAGUCUGACCAUUGAACCUCUCAACCAGAGGGGGAAGACCUUUCAAGCUCCGGUCAGUCAAGUGUUCCCUGCUGAAGAUGAUGUCAGCAAACAAGUGGAAGACAACUGCUCGCUGAUGUACUUGAAUGAAGCCACACUACUAAAUAAUGUGCGUGUGCGCUAUAGUAAAGAUAAGAUUUAUACAUUUGUUGCCAACAUCCUUAUCGCUGUGAACCCGUAUUUUGAGAUUCCCAAGCUGUAUUCUCCAGACACCAUUAAACAGUACCAGGGCCGAUCACUGGGCACGCUUCCACCACACGUCUAUGCAAUUGCGGAUAAAGCCUAUCGGGACAUGAAAGUGUUGAAAAUGAGUCAGUCCAUCAUUGUGUCAGGAGAGUCCGGAGCGGGAAAAACUGAAAACACUAAGUUUGUUCUCAGGUACCUAACUACAUCUUAUGGCACAUGUCAAGACAUUGAUGAAAGAAUAGUUGAAGCAAACCCACUGCUGGAGGCGUUUGGAAAUGCCAAAACUGUCCGAAAUAACAACAGCAGUCGCUUUGGAAAGUUUGUGGAGAUUCACUUUAAUGAAAAGAAUGCAGUAGUAGGUGGUUUUGUGUCGCAUUACCUGUUGGAGAAGUCUCGUAUCUGCACACAAGGUCAGGAUGAGAGGAACUAUCACAUCUUUUACAGGCUGUGCGCUGGAGCUUCUGAAGAUAUCCAGCAGAAGUUCCACCUCACCUCGCCAGACUGUUUCAGGUAUCUAAGUCGAGGAUGCACACGGUACUUUUCUUCCAAGGAUUCAGACAAAAACAUACUUCAGAACCGCAAGAGUCCAGAGCAUCUGAAGGCAGGUCCUCUCAAAGACCCAUUGCUGGACGAUCACGGGGACUUUAACAGAAUGUGUGUGGCCAUGAAGAAGAUCGGUCUGGAUGACACAGAGAAACUGAAUCUGUUCAGAGUGGUGGCAGGAGUUUUACACCUGGGAAACAUCGAUUUUGAAGAGGCGGGCAGUACGUCAGGUGGCUGUAACAUUAAGAAAGCCUGCAGUCAGUCACUAGAGUUUUGUGCUGAGCUCUUGGGUCUGGAUGAAGAGGAUUUGAGGGUCAGUCUGACCACUAGAGUCAUGCUUACCACUGCAGGGGGUGCUAAAGGCACAGUCAUCAAGGUUCCUCUGAAGGUGGAGCAGGCCAGUAACGCUCGUGAUGCUUUAGCUAAAGCCAUCUACAGCCGUCUGUUUGAUCAUGUAGUCACCAGGAUUAACCAGUGCUUCCCUUUCGACUCUUCUGCUCAUUUCAUUGGUGUGCUGGACAUCGCUGGCUUCGAGUAUUUUGAACACAACAGUUUUGAGCAGUUCUGCAUCAACUACUGUAAUGAGAAGCUGCAGCAGUUCUUUAAUGAACGCAUCCUCAAAGAGGAACAGGAGUUGUAUCAGAGAGAAGGGCUAGGAGUGAAUGAAGUUCAUUAUGUGGAUAAUCAAGACUGUAUCGACUUGGUGGAGUCAAAGUUAGUGGGGAUCUUGGAUAUCUUGGAUGAAGAGAAUCGUCUACCUCAACCAAGUGACCAGCACUUUACAGAAACUGUACACAGCAAACACAAGGAGCACUUCCGCUUGACUGUUCCCAGGAAAUCCAAGCUGGCUGUGCACAGGAAUGUCAGAGAUGAUGAGGGCUUCAUCAUAAGACACUUUGCUGGAGCAGUCUGCUAUGAGACAACUCAGUUUGUGGAGAAGAAUAAUGAUGCCCUUCACAUGUCAUUGGCGUGUCUGGUAAGCGAGUCAAAGGAUAAAUUCAUCGGACAUCUCUUUGAGAACUCCAACAACUCCAAAAACACCAAACAGAAAGCAGGGAAACUCAGCUUCAUCAGUGUGGGCAACAAAUUCAAGACACAGUUGAAUAUCCUUUUGGACAAGCUGCGCAGUACCGGUUCAAGUUUUAUCCGCUGUGUGAAGCCCAAUCUAAAGAUGAUCAGUCAUCAGUUUGAGGGAGCUCAGAUACUGUCACAACUUCAGUGCUCAGGUAUGGUGUCUGUGUUGGAUCUGAUGCAGGGUGGCUUCCCCUCGCGUGCACCCUUCCACGAGCUCUACAACAUGUACAAAGAGUACAUGCCUGCCAAGCUCACACGACUCGACCCACGACUCUUCUGCAAGGCUUUGUUCAAAGCGCUCGGCCUGAAUGAAAACGAUUAUAAAUUUGGUUUGACGAAGGUUUUCUUCAGACCUGGAAAGUUUGCAGAGUUUGAUCAGAUCAUGAAAUCAGAUCCCGAUCAUCUGGCUGAGCUUGUCAAACGUGUCAAUAAAUGGCUCAUCUGCAGCCGCUGGAAGAAGGUGCAGUGGUGUGCGCUGUCCGUUAUUAAACUGAAGAAUAAGAUGCUGUACCGAGCUCAAGCGUGCAUCCAGAUGCAGAAGACUGUUCGCAUGUGGCUGUGCAAGAGGAAACAUAAACCACGUAUUGAAGGGCUGGUGAAAGCUCGUAACCUGAAGAAGAGGAUGGAGAAAUUGAAUGAGGUGGUUUCAGGACUGAAAGAGGGCAAACAGGAAAUGAGCAAACACAUGCAAGAUCUAGAUUCCUCUAUCAAUGCACAUAUACUCAAGAUUAAGAGCACUGUGAUGAGCCGUAUUGACAUUGAUCAUGAGCAUCAGGCUCUGGUUACACGCUCACAAGAGCUGCUCAGCAACAUGCAGAAGAAGAAACAGGAGGAGGAGGAGAUGGAGCGCCUCAGAAGAAUCCAAGAGGAAAUGGAGAAAGAGAGAAAGAGACGUGAGGAAGAUGAACAGAGACGCAAACAAGAGGGAGAGGAGAGACGCCUGAAAGCAGAGAUGGAGUUGAAGAGGAAACAGGAAGAGGAAGAGCGUAAGAAAAGAGAAGAGGAGGAGAGGAGAAUGCAGGAGGAGAUGGAGCUGCAGUUGGAGGCAGAGAAAGAGCAGGAGGCGGCGCGGCAGACCAUGCUAGAACAAGAGCGGCGAGAUCGUGAGCUCGCCCUGAGGAUCGCCCAGAGUGAGGCCGAGCUGAUUCCAGAGGAGACGCCCACAGACACAUGUCAGCGCAGUGUUGCACCACAACAAAAGCUCAAGAGCUUGACCAUGGAGGAAAUGGCCAAGGAAAUGUCUGAUCUGCUGGCUCGAAGUCCACAGGUAUCGGCCACUAACGCUCAAGCUGAUGUCAAGAAAUAUGAACUGAGCAAGUGGAAGUAUGCUGAAUUACGAGAUGCCAUCAAUACAUCCUGUGAUAUCGAGUUGUUGGCGGCGUGUCGUGAGGAGUUUCACCGCAGACUGAAGGUUUAUCACGCAUGGAAGUCAAAGAACAAGAAACGCAACGUUCAGGAUGAACAGAGAGCUCCAAAAGUCAUCACGGACUACGCCCAGCAGAACCCGGCUCCACCCGUCAUGCUUCAAAAGCACGAGAUCGUGAUGAAUCGACAGCAGCGAUUCUUCCGCAUUCCCUUCAUCCGACCGGGGGACGAAUACAAAGACCCCCAGAGCAAGAAGAAAGGAUGGUGGUACGCCCACUUUGACGGGCCGUGGAUCGCCCGACAGAUGGAGCUGCACCCAGAAAAAUACCCCAUUCUACUGGUGGCAGGGAAGGAUGACAUGGAGAUGUGCGAGUUGAGUUUGGAGGAGACCGGUUUGACAAGGAAGCGUGGUGCCGAGAUUCUCCCCCGCCAGUUUGAAGAGAUCUGGGAACGCUGUGGAGGAAUUCAGUACCUUAGAAACGCCAUCGAGAGCAGACAGGCCCGGCCCACUUAUGCCACUGCCAUGCUGCAGAGCAUGCUCAAAUAAACACACACACACACAUUAUAUCUGAAGAGCAUCUCUAAUGCAAGAAAGAAGAAUUUCUUAAUCAGUAUUUUUUUUUCUUGUUUUCCAGGAAAAUCACCUAAACAUCCUUGCAAAAUUGUGUACGAUAGGAAGACUUGUUUUUAGAGGAUAUAUCCUGAUGUUUAUUUGUCCUACCACACUGGCAUAUAGUUUGAUUUAAGCAUAAAUCGCACAACAUUUAGUAAGGUUUAAGCUUUAAACAAGACUAUAUUUGUCAGUGGGCUUUGAAAAAUAACUUAUUUCAGAUUAAUCAGAAAAUUAUGCUUUCCAAAUAAACGUAUUUUGUUUUAAGGAGACAAAAACUGAUUAAGAAAAUGUUUUCUUUUUUGCUGUGAAAAUACACUGGUCUGUGUUUUAAAAAACUUAGCUCUGUAAUUUGAUAAGGGAAGACUGCCUAUUUAACCAGCAUUCAUUGAAUUAUUUUUUUUUUUUUGUAUUUCUUUAGUAACCGUCUUUUUUUUUUUUUUCAUAUUUUAAAUUCUGCCACAUUGAAUCAUGCCGUUGUUUUGACUUAAAUUACUGUUCUUGACAGUGUAAUUGCCUCUAAACUGCCUCUUAAUAUAGUUUAAGUAAUGUACAAUUUUUUUGGUAUAUGAAUAAUCCAUAAAUACUUCACUGAGAUUGUUCCUGGAAGAAAUUCAAUAAGUGUCUUUUCCUAACAUUUAAAUGAGUCUCACAUUGAAAUAAAGACAUGUAGAUGUAAAUACUGAGAUGGUUCAGCACUUUACACUAUUCUGACUUUUGAUAUUCACUGUCAAUUUAACAGCUUGCAAUAAGCUAUAAUACAGUAAAUACAAAACUCUGGUAUGUAAUGACCAUUAAAUGUGACUUUUGAGUGAAAGAUGUUUAAUAAAAAUGAUUUUAAUAUC